AUUCUCUGUCUGCAAUUCAAACUGAAGCCAACAGGAUGGCUGCAGCGAUGGCGGAAGAGCAGGAGGGGGUUAACUACACUUCAGUUGUGUUCAAAGCUAACAAAAAUCCUCCAUCUGAAGGUAAAACGGAGGAAAUUGUGUACGAUGAAGUGAAGGUGCAGAGCGGAACAACUGAUCAAGCUACUGAUGCAGGAUUCUUGGCGGACAAGAGAGCAAACAACAGACAUCGCCACUUUAAACGGUUGGCUUGUGGUUUGGGAAUCAUUUCCGUCAUUUUGCUGGCAGGCAUCAUAGCAGUCUGUGUCUACAUUGCUACAUUAAGUCACGAGAGUGAGGACUUAGAAGAAAUCCAAAAGAAUCACCUGACAAACCUGACGAACCGCAUCAACGAACUCAGCUCAGCAAAUGAAAACUUGACUAGAAACUUCGACAACCUGACCGUCCAGAUGAGCAACCUGACACAAAACUACACUGUCUUAGAAAACAAGAACACAAACCUGAUGGAAGAAAACCUGAACCUGACAACACAAAACCAGGAGCUGAAGUCACAGAAGAACAACUUGACAGAACAAAUACAGGAGAUGAAGGCAAACAUCAAAGUCAGCCAAGCUCAGUGGAGCAUUGAUGCCUACUGCCCCAUAAAGAGUGGUGAGAGACGGUGUGAAGCUUGUCAGAAGACCUGGGAACUCACCAAGUCGAGCUGCUAUAUGAUUCAUAAUGCUAUACGUUCUGAACGGAUAACCUGGGAAGAAGCUCUAGAAAACUGCAGGGGAAAGAGUUCAGACUUGGCUGUUAUACAUGAUGACAAGGAAAAGAAAGUCAUCAGUGAUUACAGCUGGGGCAGUUCAGGAAUAAAUGGAUACUGGAUUGGCCUGAGAGCUGAGGAUAAGAAGUGGAAGUGGAUCGAUGGAAGUGAUUUCGCUGAAAGCGACUGGAUAGAUCCUCCUGCUGAAGGUCGCUGUGCAAUUUCUGUCCAGAACGAUAGAUGGAAAUCAGUGAGCUGUGAUAGGAAACAGCGAUGGAUCUGCAGACAGAAAGCUUUAUCACUGCUGUGAUACUUCAGUACUUAAGAUACUUUUUUGUUUUUCAAACAUACAAAUUACAUAUAAAAUAAUUUUAUUUUUUUAACAGGAAAAACAAUCAAAGUGAAUUAUUUUUCAAAGCUGUUUGUGUGCAUGUGUCUAAAAGCAGAGACUCAGAUGUAAAGGUGUAAUUAGAUACUGGGUUCUGUAGAUAAUGUGUGUCUGACUACUGACACAGCAUUUAGGAAAAUACAGUAACUGUCCUGAAGGGGCACUAAACUGUUAAUUAUUAAUAACUUUGACUGUUAUUUUCUUCUGCUUUAUUAGAGAUUUACUGCUUUUAAUUUAUAUAUCAGCAGAUUGAUGCCAGGGACCAACAGGACUGCUCAGUUUCCUGUUUCUGUGACAUUGUAUAUUGUUGCCGCUGACUGGCCAACAGGGGGCACUGCUUCACUUGUUCCUAACAGAAUGAUCUAGAGUCUGUUUGUGUGAGUAUUCUGAUGUAUGCGAUAUUUACUUGUACAACUGAAGGUGUUAAGAAAAUUCAUAUUUUAUACCAUUAUAAUAAGUUUUGUUGCCACACAUUGUUCUUAUUGUCUUUUUUUUUCUG